UAGUCGCUUUGUUUAGCUUUAAUUGCUUAUGGCAUGGGACAACUAGGUCACUAUCUAUAGUUUAUUGUUGGUAUUAUAAUUAUUAUGUAUACAUACAUAAGCAUUGUUACAUAGUGUGUGACCAGAUCAUAUUUUUGUUAUUAUAAAUUGUUUGUCUCCCUUGAUUUCAUUCUUGUAGUUUUCUCUCUUACUGUCAAUCGUAACAACUCGGCCAUCUUUGGCAAACUACGAGAUAAACGAUUCAUUCUUCAUAAAUUCUGUUGGAUAAUGGCCAAGAUGCUUGGGCUUUCACGAACAUUUCACAUUACUUUCUGUGGUGGCAAAUGACAUUUAGAUAAAUUCAAUAUAAAACUUGGAUUCCUGAGAGUGCGUCUUCUAUUGGCUCUGCUCUACAGAAGAGAAUGGAUUGUAUGAAAUAAACAUUAUGUGUAUUCAUCAAUUAUUAUAAGUCAUAAGACUGGAAGCAAAAACUAAAUCCGAUCUAGUCCGGUAAUUAGUGCAUUUAUUGGUAGUAUAAAUCGAUUUCUUUGACUGUUCAGUAAUAAUUAGUGACUUGAUGUAACUCUGGAAUACCACUAUUGCAAUGUGAGAAUGGAAGAAAUGGCAGAAGAUGUGUGUGUUUUCAAACGUUUUGAACUUGUUAUAGUGUUGUGUAAAAAUACGAUAUAUUAUUUGGUUACCCACCGAAUACAACUGGGAUUGCACUUGUCUCGUACUUUUCUAAAUUGUACUUGCUUCCUGCCAAAUUCAUCAAUACGUGAAAAUGGAUGGACAAGAAAUGUCAAACUGGAACAUCGGUACGGCAGCUCUACGUCUAACAAGGAAUGCAAUGGCGGAAACAAUCGAAGGUCCAUUACAAAUCGAACACACAAACUUGAAAAAGAAAGCAGAAUCAGAUCAUGUGUCGCGUUGCACGUGCAAAAAACUAAUGUGCAAAAACUUUUGGAAGGCGUUUUGUCGAACAGAAUUCCCGAAACGACACAGCUACAAACACAACCCCACCUAUGAAAAUUACAACACUUGGUCUGGAGAUUACUUCUACUUUGUUAAGUACUUUUUGGACAGUAAAGUAUACGGAAAUGUUACCAAGUUUGGGGAAUUAGAUUUUGGCGGUAUCCUCAGCAUUUACAUUAAUUUUGUGCCUAUGUGUGUGUCAAUUUACAAUAUGUCAAGCACUGGGACGAUCAAUCUUCCAGUUGUUCUAACAGAGGCAAGAACAGAAGCGAACAAACUACGGCAUGCCGCCCAAUAUACCUGCACAAAUACAGACCUGCAAACUUUGCUCGUAAAGCUGAAUGACCUUCUUGCAGUUAUAGCAAAUACAUCGUACAAUAACGACGACAUCAAGGUAGCCAGCGACAACAUUAAAUUUUUACAGUUGAAUCCUCCAAACAUUCCUGUUUGGAUUGGUUUGCUGACCCGGAGCGAGAUCAAUGCAUUUAAAUCCGAUCUCGUAGAGUUUUACCAGCAUAACUACUCCUCGCUGGCUGUCGCACCAUAUUAUAAGACGAUGACGGCUCCACUUAAAGAAAUGUUUGUCGUGCCAAAUCUACACAAGAACGGAAGCGAAAAUGGGAUUACGUCAUGGGCUGAUAUGUUGGGAUGGAAUGGAAGCACGUGUAACAACAUUGUGUUAUCUUCAAAGUCACGGGAAGGUAAAACUACGAUGUGUAAGUUUCUUCUUCAAGAAUGGUGUAGAGUGAGCAGCACAAACGAUGCCUGCUCUCUUCAGUGCACGAGUGGACAUGGGGGACAUUUUUCUGACGAUGAUGUCUUGAGACGUUUCGAUUUUGUCUUUUUCAUUAAUCAGGAAUGCGGUAAUUUAGAGAAAGACGUGGUUAAACUUAUUUCGGAACAUGUUCUCGACGGAACGUCAAAAAGUAGACCGGAAGGCUUUUUUCGACGGCUACUAGAACAAAAGAAAUGUCUCAUCAUUCGAGAAGGCCUGCAAGAAUGCUCAAACCUUAAAACGUCCCUCUCUAAGUACUGCGUUUGUGCUCCAAAAAUCAUGAGUACAAUAAUGUUCACAUCCAGGCAGUACUGCUUUCAAAGUGAAAACAAAGUGUCGGUGGACGCCAAUAUUCUGCUCAAGGGAAUUGGGGGAGAUUCAAUACAGGAGCUGGCCCGCAAAGCACUGACAUUUUUGACGAACACUUUCACACCAACGUUUAGCAAAUUUCAGCUGAAUCAAAAGCAAUGGUCUUCACCUAGCCUUCGAAACAUGCUGCGUAUUCCAGAAUUCCUAUUGCAACUUAUUUGUCAGUACAUUGAUGGUCAAUCGUCGGCUCAGGAAUCAGUUUUGUCUAUGGCGAAUUUAGCGUUUUCGUGGAUUGAUCAGUUAACGCUUUCACAACCACUUCAAAGCGAUUGCUCUGGGAAAACUUUUCCAUCGAAGUUCGACGACACGUUUUUAGGGAAGCACAAAGGCCUUGUUUUAGAACUGGGAAAGUUUGCAACCGAAUUCAUUUGUUCUCCUACCAGCGCUUUUGUAUCUCACUCAUUUCGGAACAAAACAACAACAAAAUUGGCAUUGGAGGCAGGAAUUUUGUUUGAAGAGGAAGACACUUCACACGCGUCGACGAAUGGAGUCAAAGUUAUAUUUGUGGAUAACGCAUUUCGAGACCUAUUUUCCGCAAUAUAUAUUUCAGCCACAAAAGCUGAUUCGUCAAGAAUAUUUGAGCAUAUUAAAACUGCAGGAAAAUACAGUUUCGAUGCUAUAAAUGCAUCUUGGGUAUAUAAUUUCCUGCAGUUUGUAGAUAAAGAAUAUUCAAAACGAUUUUCGGAGAAAGUGUCCAAACUGUCAUGUGAAACACUUUGGGAGAAGUUUUAUGCAUACUUCAUUGAUCCGAUCAGACGACUUUUUGCAUAUCUUAUCCAGCGAGAGGAAAAUGGAAUAGAAAUUGGCAGUGAAGCGCUCGUUGAAGUUGUUAGUAAAUGAAAUGCAUCAUAUUAUAGAAAAGAUUGAUGCAUUAUAUAGGACAACAUUAACUUGGCCAGUGUGCAGGAUGCUGUUGUUUUCUAUGUUUCUGUUGUCUUAUUUCUGUUUUCAUAAUGUAUGUUUUUUUGUUUAAUAUAGUAACAAAUACAUGGUAAGAUCAUUUAAACUGUACACGAACAUGUGUGUGUGUGCGUGCGUUCGCGUGUGUGUGUGCGCGCGCGUGCGUGCGUGUGUGUGUGUAUAUGUUUAUACAUUCUUAAUCAUCACGUGAUAAUUAUUAUUUAUAUAUUGUCUUUGCCAUGUAAUGGUUAUAUUUUAUUAAUGACCAAAGGCAAACCAUGUCGAUUGCCAAUAUACUGUGAAUUGAAUUUCA